GAGAGCCAGUUAAAAAUUGUGGGUAGCUGCAAAACAGUUCACUUCCAGCAGUUCAGCCAUUUUGAGUCAUGACUACUGUUAAGUGGGUCUUGUCCGUUCUUUUUCUUCAAACAUGUUUGACAGGGAUAGUAAUGAGUGGGAAUGUGCUGGUCUGGCCCGUAGAAUACAGCCACUGGAUGAAUCAGAAAUGCAUUGUGGAGGAGCUGGUUAAUAGAGGUCAUAGCGUAACGGUACUGAUUCAUACUGCAACACAGAGCAUUAACUACAACCAAACAGCCCGGUAUCACUUUGAAGUGUUUGAUGUGCCUUUUACAAAACAAUCUGCAGUGGACAUAUUGGAUGAGUUUAUAUUUUUCUCGAUUUAUGAGUCAUCAUCUUCAUCAUUUAUUCAGCAGUAUCUGAGACUUAGAGAUAUGAUUAUAAGAUGUUCAAUUCUAAAUAAGCAGGUGUGUGAUGGUGUCUUCCUAAACAAGGAUCUGCUGGAUAAACUUAAAAGAUCCCAGUUUGACGUCAUUCUCUCAGACCCAAUGACUCCAUGUGCUGAGCUCAUAGCAGAAAGACUUGGGCUCCCAUUCAUCUAUACAUUGAGAUUCUCUUUCGCCAGUACAAUGGAGAGGCUGUGUGGACAGCUACCGGCUCCCCCUUCUUUUGUUCCAGCUAUCACUCUGCAGUACACUGACAGAAUGACCUUUGUGGAGCGACUCUAUAAUCUGCUGUUUUAUGUGAUACAGGACUUGUUCUUUUAUGAAUGGACAUAUUCAUACUGGGAUUCAUACUACAGUGAGGUCACAGGGAGACCAACAACUUUCUGUGAAUCCAUGGGUAAGGCUGAUAUGUGGCUGAUAAGAACCUACUGGGAUUUUGAAUAUCCUAGACCAUUUCUUCCAAACUUCCAGUUUGUGGGAGGACUUCAUUGUCGACCGGCAAAGCCAUUACCUGAGGAAAUGGAAAAGGUUGUACAGAGCUCUGGAGAUCAUGGCAUUGUGGUGUUUUCCCUCGGCUCAAUGGUUAAGAAUCUAACCAGAGAAAAGGCUAAUUUGAUUGCUUCUGCUCUAGGGCAAAUACCACAGACGGUUCUAUGGAGGUACAGUGGAGAGAAGCCAGAAACCUUGGCUCCGAACACCAGAGUUUAUGACUGGAUUCCUCAAAAUGACCUGCUUGGUCAUCCGAAGACCAAGGCUUUCAUUACCCACGGUGGUACCAAUGGGAUCUAUGAAGCGAUAUACCAUGGCAUCCCAAUGAUUGGUAUCCCGCUGUUUGCUGACCAGCCGGACAACAUGGUCCACAUGGAGGUGAAGGGGGCUGCUGUGGUGUUGAAUUUCAAUCAAAUGAAAACCCAAGAUUUAGUUGAUGCCCUGUACAAUGUGACACAAAAUAAAACAUACAAAGAAAAUGCCAUGAGGUUAUCGAGAAUUCAUCAUGAUCAGCCGAUGAAACCCCUGGACAGAGCUGUAUUCUGGAUUGAGUUUGUAAUGCGUCACGAAGGAGCCAAGCAUUUAAGACCUGAAGCCCACAACCUGACUUGGUACCAGUACCACUGUUUGGACGUCAUAGGCCUAUUACUGGCAUUUGUAAUAGCACUUAUGUUUAUCAUUGUAAAAUCCUGCAGCUUCUGUUUCCGGAAAUGUUGCAAAAGACCAGAAAGGAAACACAAGAAGGAGUAAUUUGUUUUCUUCACUUGACCACUGAAUCACUUAUUAAAAUCUAAACACUUUGCUACAA